AGAGAGAAAGAGGCUCUCUCAACUCUCCAAGUCUCAACACCACACCACCGUAUAAGUGAAACGCAAAGGCCCUUUUGUUCUCUUUAUACGUUCGUUUGAUUUUCUCUCUCUAGCUUCCGCAUGCAUGUCGAUUGUGGAUCAAAUUCGAAGCUGGGGCACCGAACCCACCUUGAUCGAUGCCUAAAGAGAUGUGAUUUCUAGGAGUUUUUCGAAUCUUUCUACCAUUUGGGGCAUCGAAUCUGCGAAGCGUCGCCUUGUUUUCGUCAAUUCUGAUAGGGGUUCUGGGUUGGGAAUUUCGCACAUGAAGGGUCCGUUGGAUCGAACCAAGGUCGUGGUCCGGCACUUGCCGCCGACGAUUUCGGAGGCCGCGUUUUUAGAACAAAUCGAUACCGUCUUCAAGGGGCGCUACACCUUGGUCAAGUUUCGUCCCGGGAAAAACAGCCAGAAGCGACAGUCCUAUUCUAGAGCCUACCUUGACUUCAAGAGGCCAGAGGAUGUUAUUGAGUUUGCUGAGUUCUUUGAUGGGCAUGUUUUUGUUAAUGAGAAAGGUACUCAGUUUAAAACUAUUGUUGAGUAUGCUCCUUCACAACGCAUUCCAAAACAUUGGCCUAAAAAGGAUGGCCGUGAAGGGACAAUAUUUAAAGAUCCUGAGUACAUGGAGUUUGUUGAACUUCUUGCGAAGCCUGUUGAGAAUCUUCCCAGUGCAGAAAUACAAUUGGAGAGAAGAGAAGCAGAACGAGCUGGUGCUGUGAAGGACACUCCUAUAGUUACGCCUCUAAUGGAUUUUGUCCGUCAGAAAAGAGCUGCCAAGGGUGUAUCCCGGAGAUCAUUAUCUAAUGGAAAACUAAGCAGAAGGGCCAGUGGGUCAUCAUCUGGAAAUCCAAGUCUGGGCUCAUCAAAACGGGGUUCUGAAAAGAGAAGACUCUCCACCACAAUGUAUGUUUUACGGGAUACUGCAAAGAACACAAGUGCAAAAGACAAGUCAACGUUCAUUCUGGUUCCAAAGCGAGAUGACCAGCUGCUGUCUGAUAAGUCUGUUAAUCUAGCUGCUGGAGGUGGAGCUGAAGCAUUGGAAGAGGAAAGUGGAGUUUCUGGAGCUGUUGAUGCUGGGAAGAAGAAAGUCCUCCUCCUGAAAGGAAAAGAGAGAGAAAUUUCUCAUCAUUUACUGCAGCAGAAUGUAACAUCUCCAGUAAAGAAUAUACUUGGUGCAAAUGCUCCCAAGCAGAAUCAGAGACGUGAAGGUAGUGGAAGGAUAAUCAGAAGCAUACUUUUAAACAAGGAUGCACGUCAAAGUCAAUCUUCUAUGUUCCAGAUGGAGCAACAGUCCCAAGCCUCUAACUUAGAGAAGGAGAAACGACCUCCUCGCCCUCCACACAUUCAAUUGGCUUCAAAGGAGACAAAUGGAGCUCAAGAUGACAAGGUUGUUGGGAAUGAUGUGCAUAGUUUUGUCAGUGAGAAGCAGGACAAACGUACAAGAAAUAAGGAUAGACCUGACCGUGGUGUAUGGACUCCUCUUCGCCGUUCAGAUGGAUCACAUGCAAGUGAUGAGUCUUUGUCAUCCUCUGCUUCUCAACCUACAUCUUCAGAUUUUCCUGAAGGAAGUCUUGGAGAAAUGAGAUCUGACAUGUCAAAUGCAAGGAGUGGUGAAGUCAAAGCACUUGGAAGUGGACGUGGUGGCCAUUCUGCAUUAGAUAAUGGAUCCCAUAAACACAGUGGUCGCCGUGGACCAACACACAGUGUAAAGGAUGCUGAUGGCUCUUCAAUUGUAAGUGAGGGGAAGCAUUCAAAAAGAGGAAGUGCUCCUGGAUAUGGUUCCCAUGAGAAACAAGUGUGGGUUCAGAAGUCAAGUUCAGGUCCUUAGACUUCCUUAAAAGUUUCUAUGCAGUGAAAUACUUGGGUCCUUUACCGUUUUGGAGCAUGCAUCUGCUAGUGAGUGGAGACUCUCUUUUUGCUAGGCAGAUGAUCAAAUGUAAGCAAAUUUUCAACGGCAGGGUAAGAGGUUCCUCUUGGAAAACCCUAGAGGAAAAUUAAGUUGUUCUGGAUGAUGCAGAUAUUGAUGUAUCUACUACAUGCUGAUUGAAGAAACUCUGGUGUUCAUCAAGGAUGGCUCGGAAUAGGAAGGAAAAAAAAAAAGAAAGAAAAAGAUCAUUGUUAUAAUGAUAUAUAACCCUCAAUUUUCAUCAGGGUGUCCCUUUGAUUGGGUUCUGCUUGCCAAAGGAGCUAUGGGUGUCCUCAUUCUUGCCAUGACUCAGCUGGGUAUCACAAAACUCUGGGUUUAUAGAUGGGUUUCUUCCUUUAGUUAAAACUGUAAAUAUGAUACCAGAGAGAUAUGUACUGCUUGGUUUCUUUUAGUCCCUAUAUGCUGUCUUGUUGAGCAGGCUGCCAUUUGGGUUUGGAGUGCAUUUUGUCUAUAGCCUCGGGUAAAUAUUAGCGCUCCUCUGUAAUUAUGCCUGUGUGAGGAGGAAAGCUGGAAGCUGUCAGUAUGUUUUUCUUUGAAUGUUUUUGACUGAUCACAGUGCAGUGACUUUAGGAGAGGCUUGGAGGAAAAUGUUAGGGCACCAAAAGAAACUCAUUGGUAUCUUUUAACUUUUGGGUGUGUGCUUUAUGGUGUUUUUGGAUGGAAUGAGACACUGCGGACUCUGCUUUAAUGCUAUAUAUAACCUGUAACCCUUCUCAUGGUGCUGCAUUUAUCAAUAGUUGUGCUA